AUGAGACUUAAUACUCAAUUACCUCCAAAGCAUAAUUUUAAUGCAUCAUUUAAUUAUGAUUGGGAUAUAAUGAAUAAGAAAAGAGAAAUUGAAAUGCUUAGACCUAAAGAAAUUUGUCCAAAACGCAAUCACUCAUUCCAUACUAGUUCAAAUGAUUGUGAUAAAUCUAUACAUAAUCGUUCUUUUGAGAAAUCUAUGUAAGAAACAGAAAAAGUCAGUUCAAGAAUGUAAAAUGAAUUUGGCUAAUUGAAGACUCUUAUUUAGAAAAGACGUGAUGAAAUUGAAAAAUAGUAAAGACAAUAGAAUCUUAAACUUUCGAUAUCAAUACCCUAAUAAAAUAUAAAAGAAGAUACUAAAAAAUAAAAAGAAGAAGCACCAUAAUUUAAUUACUAUUAAACAUUCAAACCCAUUUUUGCAAAAUUAAAUUCAUUAAUUGAGAACUCAAAUACUAAAGAAUAUGAUAGAUAAAGAUUAGUAACUUUAUUUGAUUCAAUUGAUUAAGAAUCCAUUAAAAAGAACAAUGAACCUGAAUAAAUGUUUUAAUUAGUUGAAUAAUUAGUUAAAGAAUUUGUUAUUCCUACUUUAGAAUAAUAAACUCCACCUUAAUAGAAUUCAAAACGUAGUUACUUAUAAACACAAUCAUCAAAUUUUAUUAAGUAAUUGCCAUCUCAUUAAUAAAUACCUAAAUCUAUUGAGUAAUCUAUUAAUUAUAAGAAUGUUUUUGAAUUGUAAUAUAAAAACCCCUUUUAAUUUUAUACUUAAAUAAAGAACAAUGAUUGUGGAUAUUAUGAAUAUUGUAUUAAUAAUAAAAUUGUAACAGGAGAAUCUUUAAAUAAUUUUAACAUCUCAAAAUCUUAGUCAUGUAUAUUAAAGACUUAAUAAUCUAACAUAUAAGUGGAUUAUAGAUAAAUUAAAUAGUCCUUAAUAUAAUAGUAGAUAUUUAGUAUUGAUGACUAGUUUUCUCUUGUACCAGUGAUUUAAUAUUAAAGAAAGGUGAUUUAUGCUUUAAAUUAUCCCUCUUAGUAUUGUAAAUAAAUUUAACAAUAUAUCUCAUUGAAUAUAAGUAAUCAUCAAUACAAAAUGGAAUUGGGAAUGAAUAAACUGAAUAAAAUUGUUUUACUGUAAUAAAGACAAAAAAGAUAAUAGGUUUUUUCUAGAUUGAACUAAUUUAUGAAUCAAAUAAGGAGUCUAAAAAGAUUGAUUCAAUAAUUAGGAUUUAAAAAAUUGAAAUAAAAUUACUAUUAAACAAAAUUUUUGAAAAGUACAAAUAAUAAUCUUUGUAAGUUAUUACUUUAAGCAGCAAAACAAGUGAAAAAAGAUCAAAAGAAUUACGCAACUUAAUUGUUUAUGGUAUUACAAAAGUAUUAAUGUAGAUUAAAAAGUAAUGCAAUAACACAAUUAAUUGGAAAUGAUGAUUUAAUUAUAAUGUUAUAAGCAUUAUAAUCAGAGAAUUCAAUAGAGAUGUAUCUGUAAUAAGUAGCUUAAUUGAUGGGUGAAAAGUUAGCAGUAUCAAUUCUAAAUAUUGAGAUAUAAUCAUUGACUUCCUAUUUACCUGAAUAUGGAUUAAUAUAAGAAUAUUUUGAAGAUAUUGAUGAUAUCUCUUAAUUUAAUACUCUUUAUUAAUUAACUUUAAAUAUAAAUACUGAAUUAAUAAAUAAUCAGAAUAUUGAAUUUGAAAAUCGACAUAUUUGGAAAGUGAAUAAUGAAAUAUUUUUAAUAACUUCAUCUAAUAUGUAAACUCAUUAUUUGAGUAAAAUAGCUCUAAUUUUAACAAAUGGAAUUAAUAGUUUAAGAUAAAAAUAUUUAGAAUUUUUUAAAUUCAUUAGAAUGAGAGCAGAAUCACAUUAAUAGAAGAUGAAGUCUAAGUUUUUUAAUAGAUGGAGAAAUAAUUAAAGUGUAUUUGUAGAUAAAUUAAGAAAUGAACUUGGUUGUUCUAAAUAAGAAUAAGAUUAAUAAUAAAGAUUAAUUUAUUAAUAUGAAUUAGAAUUAUAGAAUAUGUAAAUAUAAAAUGCAUUGAAAUCAAAAUGUUUAAGUAGUGCAAUGUUAGAAAAUACAUUAUCAAAGAGAGAGAAUGAACUUUCAUUAAAGGAAACUUUCUUUAAGUUAUGGAGAAGUAGAAAUAGUAAUAGAAGACAUUUUGAGUAGAGAGUUGAAACAGGAUUAUUUUUAUUGGAAUCAGCAAUUUAUAAAAUUGAAUAAUGUUAAUUAGAUAAGGCAUUUAGAGAAAUUGCAUUCUCUUACACUUAACCUAAUGUUAUAAUACCAACAAGUCCAAAUUUAAAGAAUACAAAAAGGAGUUAUCAUACAAGAGAAUAAACACGAAGAAGUCAAGAGGAAUUAGAAUAAUCUGUUUUAUGGGAUGUGCAUUAAAUGAAAAUUCAUACACCAAAUGCUCAUAAAGGAUAAUCCUUAUCUCCAAUUACUGCUCAUACAAUAAAUUAAUCUUUUCUAUUAGAGAAUGAAUCUUUGUAUCAAUAUCAUUCAUAAAGAUGGUAAGAUUUUAGAUUACUAUAGAUAGCACUUAAUAGCCUAAGAAGAAAGCAUAAUAAUAAUAAUCCUCACAUUUAGAUUAAGAGAAUGUGUAAUCACAGAAUAAAAUAUAUUCUCAAAGGACUAAGGACUUUGUUCGUAAAAUAUCUUAGCCAAAAUAGUAAUAAUAAAACCAUAGGAGAAUUAAUUCAACAUAACCAGGAAGUUCUUUUUCAUUUUAUGAUUUAUAACAUUGA